AUGACAACGACAGAUGAGCUGGAGUAUUACUGUUUUAAAGCGCUUAGACUAAUCUCGCAAUUCCUGGCGUGGUGCUUACCGGCGAUUUUGAGAUUUUCUAAAGCGCAUCCUGUUCUCACCAAUGCUUUGGGCUACGCAAUCGCAACUUAUGUGCUGUGGAAAAUGGUGUGCCACUUUAUAGUCUUUCUGAAAAGGUUGGUAUAUCUCAGCUUGAUCGUGCUGGCCAUUAUCGUGUGGUAUCGCGGGCCUUCGCGUGUGCUGUCGCAAGACAUCCCCGAAGUGAUUCACUUACUGCAGACGGAUCCCACCAUUAAGGAAUUCUGGUCUGACCUGCUGAAAUAUGCUCGACAAACAGGUAAGCGGGCACAGUACUCCCUCUUUGCCAGCACAGACCUUGCUGAACUGCGAAUGCGUUUCAUGCGUUUUUUAACUACUCUCUAG